AUGACAACUAACAAUAUUGUGGUUCUGGGGGCUGGUGUGUCCGGCUUAACAACCGCGUACCUGCUGUCGCAAGACCCUGCAAACAAGAUUACCGUGCUGGCAAAGCAUAUGCCCGGCGACUAUGAUAUUGAAUAUGCAUCCCCAUGGGCUGGUGCCAACUAUAUGCCAGUCGGGAAGGAAGGAAGUGCCCACCAAGAAUGGGAGCGCGCUACGUGGCCAGCAUUGAAGGAAAUCACGGACAAGUACCCGGAGGCCGGUAUCCACUUCCGAGGUGCCCUGAUCUACAACCGAACUAAAGACCAAGAGUCAACAACUGGGAAAUGGUUCUCCGAGCUAGUUCAACCAAACCCGUGGUACAAGGAUGUCGUACCAGAUUUCAAACCCAUCCCAUCUAGCAAGCUAGCUCCCGAGAUUGACAAUGCCCAGGAAUGGACAUCCGUCUGCAUCAAUACAGCCAUCUAUUUGCCAUGGCUGGUUGGCCAAUGUGUCAAGAAUGGGACUGUGUUCAAAAGAGCUGUCUGCAAACACAUCACUGACGCAGCGAACGCCCAUCACACCGGACAAAAGGCUGAUGUAGUUAUCAACUGCACCGGACUGUCCGCCAAAACCCUUGGCGGCGUCCUCGAUGAGAAGAUGCAUCCCGCUCGCGGUCAAAUUGUGGUCGUCCGCAACGACCCUGGACCCAUGGUCUCCGUAUCCGGAACUGAUGACGGAGAAGAUGAGGCGCUAUAUAUCAUGACUCGCGCUGCAGGUGGCGGCACAAUUCUCGGUGGCUCUUAUCAAAAGCACAACUGGGAUGCGCUCCCGGAUAUGAACCUUGCCAAUCGAAUUAUGAAGCGUUGCAUCAAGAUCUGUCCCAGCUUAGUGAAAGAGGGACAGGGCAUUGAGGGCCUGGACAUUAUCAGGCAUGGCGUUGGAUUGCGACCCCUUAGAGAAGGCGGAACCCGCAUUGAAAAGGAUAAGGUCGAUGGCGUCUCAGUUGUGCAUAACUAUGGUCAUGGUGGAUUUGGGUACCAGGCGUCAUUCGGCUGUGCAUAUGCCACGAUCGCUCUAGUCAAGGAAGUCCUGCAGAACAAAUCUCGGGCUAGACUAUGA